GUCACUCUAAACCUAAUUUCGGCAAAACAAAACACAUUUUUUACGGAAAACUCGGUUUUAUUUAAAAAAAAUAGACUUAAUAUGUCGGAACCUAGCUCCAAGGAUAAUGUCAAGACGGCAAUGACGUAUAUUUGCGGUGAAUGUCAUCACGAAAACGAGAUGCGACCAAGGGAUCCAAUUCGUUGUCGCGAGUGUGGAUACCGUAUCAUGUACAAAAAACGCACCAAGCGUCUUGUUGUCUUUGAUGCUCGUUAAAAAACCGUGAAAACUAAUGGACAAUCUAUAUUUUUAAGGAAUUAGUUUGUAGCUAAAUAAAGCUUGUGCUUCAAUAAAAGUCCUCUUACAACCGGAAAA